CUGUAACACUGCAAGACGUUGUCAUGGCAAUUAUUUGCAGACUAAAAUGCGACUUCAAAUCUUCAUUUCAGUAGACACUACAUCGACUACAGUAAACACUAAACAACAAAUUUAAGAACCUGUAUAAAUAUUUCCACCUUUUUUAAAAAUGAAGGGCUCCAAUAACAGCUCUCUAGAUAGGCAAGAUAGGCAUUCUCAUCCAAUUGGAGCUGCAUUAACCUUCAUUGUGAUACUUUUGGGUCUUGGAGUACCAGUAUGGUGGAAUACCACUACUGUACAAAGAGCAUCUUUACCACUGGAAGAACUGUCCACUAUGGCUAAAGUGUCUGGGAGUGAACAAAGUAUCCCUAUUUUAUUAAAAGGCAUCAAUGAUGCUGAAAUAAUGGCAAAGAAACUGCAAAGUGCACUAGUUCAGUCCAAGGACCCAUUAACUUAUAACUUCAGUAUUGUUCCAUAUAAAUUCAGCCCUGAAGAAGUAAAAAUUUUGUUGUCACAAAAGUCAGUUGAUGCCAUAGACAUGUACUUUGAGGAACUAUCUGAAUCAGAGUUUAUUAACAUAUUAUCAAUUGUUGAAGUACCAUCUAAUUAUUUGCCAUCUGGGAAAGUGUGUGUAGGAAGGCAUAACUUUCUGUACUUCUCGGAAGAAACAGAUUUUGAUUCCCUUGGCCACAUUAUACGUUCAAUUUUGGCACUUCACGAUUCAGACCGAAAUUCCGAUGCGCACCUUCCCAUUUCUAAUCAUUAUAAUGUUCUUCUUACUUUGGCGACCGCAAAUGCAACCCAAGAAUAUUCUAGUAUAGUAUCUUUAUAUGAUGAAAAUUUUGCUGCAUUUUCUAAAAAAUUUCGGCACGUUGCUGACCUUUCAAUUUCAUCCCAAAUGAUUUAUCUUGGAAACGGCCAUAUUGAUGCCAAUCAUGAUACUGAACAAAAAAUUUUCUCUUUAAAUGAAGAAAAAGUGGUAUCUCUUAUUAAUAUUCUCGAACCGCGACUAGGAAGUCAGUUGUCGUCGGAUCCCACUUUUCAUUGGGUGCUUUAUGUUCCCCACAUAAAUCAGUCACCAAUGUAUAUUUUCAAAGGAUCCUUGCCAGUUGUGACCAAUUCAGUCCUUAGUCCACGGUGGAAUGGAGGAGGUUUACAAAUUGUCAAUGAAUUAGAUCAUUCCUUUGCUGGACUUGCUCUAUGCCAGUUAAGAAAUGCUCUCGGAAUUUUCUCUCUACAGAAUGCAGAUACUUCUUACAUCUCCUUGAAUUAUGAUGAAUCUGGUGUUCACGCGUGGGAGCUGUAUUUGUUGACACGGCGACGUACGGUACAAUUUUUAAAUCAAGCUACCAUUACUCUAAAGUCUCUAUCACAACUAUUAAAACAGAUCGGAAACAUCGUUGUUAGUGAAGAAAUAAGAGAUUUGAUUGUUGCUUCCGUAAAGAUGGGGGACGAUUCCAGAAUUGCUUUGAAAAAUGACGAUUUGCAACAAGCGUACCGAGAUGCCAAAGUAUCUAAUUCAUGUGCCGAAAAGGCUUUCUUCGAUCCCUCUCUUUUGGCAUUGUUAUACUUUCCUGAAGACCAAAAGUAUGCGAUUUACAUCCCACUUUUUCUUCCCAUAGGCAUUCCUGUUCUCUUAUCGUUGAGAUCAGUCUACAAACAUUUUCUUAAGCGGUAAAAUUUAAUUGAAUUAAUAUCAUUUGCAAUUGAGUUGUGCAGAAAUAAAUGCAAAGUUUUACUGUAUAAAUGAAAAAA